CUUUCUUAACCGUCGGCGUUGCUGUCUCUUCCUUUGCAAACAAGCUUCGUGGGAGGGGGCGAGUGGGGAGCAAUGACAGAAGUGAAGAGAGAGAAAUUUGGGGAAUGGCGCCUUGGCGGAGGGACUGUGGAAAAAUUCCUGCUCAAAUCCAGCACGGUAAAAGUGGAAAUUAUAUCCUUGGGCUGUAUAAUCACCGCGUUGGAGACUAAAGACAAAGAUGGAAAAUUCUCAGAUAUUGUUCUAGGCUUCGAUCAUUUGGAAGGGUACACCAACAAGCACCCCUACUUUGGAGCUGUCGUUGGACGGGUUGCUAACAGAAUUGCCAGAGGGAAAUUUACAGUGGAAGGAGUGGAGUAUCAAUUGGCCAUCAACAACGGACCCAACAGUCUGCAUGGAGGAAAGAAAGGUUUUGAUAAGGUUAUCUGGGAACCUGAAGUGCUGCCAGAUGGCGUACGGUUUUUCAGAGUAAGUCCAGAUGGUGAAGAGGGAUAUCCUGGUGAGCUGAAAGUCUGGGUGACGUAUACUCUCAAAGAUGGGGAGCUAACAAUCAGUUACAGAGCUCAAAGCAGUAAGACCACACCAGUCAAUCUGACCAACCAUGCGUACUUCAAUCUUGCAGGCCAGGGAUCACCCAAUAUCUACGACCAUGAAUUUACUAUACAGGCAGAUUCUUACCUGCCAGUGGAUGAAACCCAGAUCCCCACAGGAGAAAUUGCUUCAGUGCAGGAUACAGGUUUUGAUCUGAGAAAGCCAGUGGAGUUUGGAAAACACCUGCAGAAGUUUCAGCUUGGAGGGUUUGACCACAAUUUUUGCCUGACGCAGAAGAAAGAAACACGCUUCUGUGCAAGAGCCCAUCAUCCCCCUAGUGGCAGAAUGAUAGAGGUUUAUACAACUCAGCCCGGCAUUCAAUUUUACACUGGGAAUUCCUUAGAUGGCACCCUAAGGGGAAAAGGAGGCUGCGUGUAUCCCAAGCAUUCUGGCUUCUGCCUGGAAACACAGAACUGGCCAAAUGCAGUGAACCAGCCUAAUUUCCCAGAUAGCCUGCUGCACCCAGGAGAGGAAUACAAGACCACAACUUGCUUCAAGUUCUCUGUAGCUUAAGCAAAGGCCUGCAGCAAAAACUUUUUGUAGAAAUUUCUAACAAGGUAGUUCUCAAAGAUUCCAGACUGUCUGUUUUAGGAUCAAAUGUGUCUUCAUGUAUCCAUGUACUCAAGAAGUCUACUUGACACCAUCCAGCAUUGAUUUAAGAUUUUAUACAGGCAACCUUCGUUCUCUCCCACCGCCCCCUUGAGAGCUUACUGGUUCAAAGGCAUGUAGAAAUGUAAGAAAUAAAUCAUGUUAAAAUGUAAAUUGCUAAGAUACUAUUGCUAAGGAUGUUGGCACAGUUCUUCCCCACCCGAUUUCUUAGCAAUGGUAAAGGUAUUACAUUUGCAUUGGGUCUAAAAUAGACUCUAAAUGCAAGAGCUGUGAAGAGUUGUUUAAAAGCUUGUAUUGGUUUGGAAUUCAGUAAUGUUGCAAGGAUUAAUGAGAAUGCAUAAGAAUCAUUAACAAACAGACAAGUGGCACUGGUAAAAAAUGUUAACUGCUGCUGUUCAGUACAGCCUACGUGUCCUUUCUGGAUUCUCUAUUCCACCACAGGGCAAACAGCAGUGGCUACUGAACAUAUUGUCCUCAGUGAGCUGUACUGAAGAUCCUGCUCCCAUUUUCUUCUGCAUACCUAGAAGUAUCUCUAAACAUGCCUA